AUGCAUAUUGUAAACAGUCUUGUCUUUGGUCUUCUUUUUGGAGGAGCAUGGGGUCAAACGGUCGAAGAGCAAGCGACACAGGGUGAUAGCCUCAUUAGCCAGCAAAACCCAGCACCGACCGUCAUUGGAACUGAACCGACUCAGCAAGAUGCCCCACUAGAGCCAACUCUUCCUACUGCUCCCACUGCUCCCACUGCUCCCACUGCUCCCACUGCUCCCACUGCUCCCACUGCUCCCACUGCUCCCACUGCUCCGACAGCUCCGACAGCUCCAACUGAACCGACUGUUCCAACCGCACCAACAGCUCCGAAUGCACCGAUAGGGCCAACCGUUCCUACUGCUUCGGCUCAAGAGAAUACUCCAACUGAACCAACCGAGCCUUUUAUAUCUACGGUGACUACCGAACCUACCGUACCGACUGAGCAGACCGAGCCAACUGAUACUACCGAGCCAACUGAUACUACCGAGCCAACUGAUACUACCGAGCCAACUGAUACUACCGAGCCAACUGAUACUACCGAGCCAACUGAUACUACCGAGCCAACUGAUACUACCGAGCCAACUGAUACUACCGAGCCAACUGAUACUACCGAGCCAACUGAUACUACCGAGCCAACUGAUACUACCGAGCCAACUGAUACUACCGAGCCAACUGAUACUACCGAGCCAACUGAUACUACCGAGCCAACUGAUACUACCGAGCCAACUGAUACUACCGAGCCAACUGAUACUACCGAGCCAACUGAUACUACCGAGCCAACUGAUACUACCGAGCCAACUGAUACUACCGAGCCAACUGAUACUACCGAGCCAACUGAUACUACCGAGCCAACUGAUACUACCGAGCCAACUGAUACUACCGAGCCAACUGAUACUACCGAGCCAACUGAUACUACCGAGCCAACUGAUACUACCGAGCCAACUGAUACUACCGAGCCAACUGAUACUACCGAGCCAACUGAUACUACCGAGCCAACUGAUACUACCGAGCCAACUGAUACUACCGAGCCAACUGAUACUACCGAGCCAACUGAUACUACCGAGCCAACUGAUACUACCGAGCCAACUGAUACUACAGAGCCAACAUCGCCAUCAGACUCGGUUCUUUCAGCAGGGCCUACACCGCCAACAGAAUCUGAAACUGACUCUGUUACUGACACUGUUGAACCAACCUCACCAACUGACACCGCCGAACCUAUCUCACCAACUGACACCGCCGAACCUAUCUCACCAACUGACACCGCCGAACCUAUCUCACCAACUGACACCGCCGAACCUAUCUCACCAACUGAUACUGCCGAACCAGCCUCAGCAACUGACACUGCCGAACCGGCCUCAGCAACUGAUACUGCCGAACCAGCCUCAGCAACUGACACUGCCGAACCGGCCUCAGCAACUGAUACUGCCGAACCUGCCUCAGCAACUGAUACUGCCGAACCUGCCUCAGCAACUGAUACUGCCGAACCGGCCUCAGCAACUGGUACUGCCGAACCAGCCUCAGCAACUAAUACUGCCGAACCAGCCUCAGCAACUGACACUAUUGAACCAUCUGGGUCUGUUCAAGGGACUGCUGAGACAGGUCUCAGCCAGCCUACCAUACCAGUUGAAAGCGCAACUGAGCCCGUUGAGCCAAUAGCUCCUACAGCGCCGACUGAGUCUAUCCCAGAUGUUGUACCAACUGAGACUGGAGCAGAGGGUAGUCAACAGACCGAACCCGUUACCGAGCCCACUCAGCCGACUGAAUCUAUUGAACCAACAGAGCCUACCGAAGCGCCCGUCCCUACUGAAUCCAUCCUGCCAAGUGAAUCUGCUCAGCCAACAGACCAAACAGAGCCUGUCAGUGCCACUGAGGAUGUACAGUCUACUGAACCAGCCCAGACGAGCCAACCGGAAGAACCAACUUCACCAAGUGCUGCACUUGCUCCAUCCGCGACAGAAGCCCAGUCUGAGCCUGCAACUGGCUCUGAUGAAGGUGUGCAAUCAUCGGUGCAAACCGAACCUUCCGCGUCACCGAUUGAGCCAACUGGAGAGACAGUAGUUCCCACAGAAGAUUUUUCAACGGUGCCUACUGAACCUGUCGAAACCGGGAACGAAUCCGUUGCAGUGCCAGAGAACACCCAGGGACCUGGAAGUGCUUCCAAUGAGCCUACUGAUAUCCCUGACCAAACUGAGUCAUUACCAUCUGGUUUCACAACACUUACUACCGCGGCACCUGAGCCUACGGGUGAGGUAGCAAGACUAGACUUGACUGAUGCUUCACUUGGCCCAGGUGCGACAUUCACAGAAGUUGCAGGACAACAAGCAAUUUUACUAGAAGCACCUGCUAAUGGUGAAGCGAGUUUCACUCUUGAAGUAAAGGAACCAAUUGCCAUCCCAGAAGGCACUCCUGUCAAUGUCCUAGUGUCGAUCAAAGUUGAAGAACUUGGUCCUACGAAGCGUUGGAAGAGGUUCCUUUUUGAAAGAGCCAGUGCAGGCACUCGUCUUCAGUUGAUCAUGAACGAGAAGAAGAUCUACGACAAGCAGGUUAGGACUACUGAGGGAAAGUUCCGACAGAUCAAAAGUGAAAAGACUAGAUAUGUACAGAAUCCCAUGAUUGAGGUACUCCAAAAGGCUGGGAGUAACCCUAUUGCUGUCACGGUACGUGGAGUAUCCGUUGUCGGAUCGUCUACUCCGCCAAAGAGACCGAACAUCCCGGUAGUGGUAUCCAGGACUGAAGUUCUUCCUGGUACUCGAGAGGAAUCGCCUGUACCAGUGGAGGAACCGACGAUGCAGCCUAAAGAACCCACCAUUCCACCAGAACAACCGACCGUUCAACCAGAGGAGCCCACCAUUCAACCAAACGAGCCAACCGUUCAACCGGAGGAGCCAACCAUACCAGUAGAGGCCACUGGGCAAGAAUCUGUUCCAGGGGCCCAGGAGACUACAGUACCAAGAGGACAGCCAAGUACUGCACCAAUUGUCCCUGGUACAAGGUCUAUCCGUGUGACUCAAGAAACAACAGUUCCCAGUAACACUGGUAGAGGCGGUGGGGUUAAAGAAUCUGGGAGCUUGCCUACAUUGUCCAAUUUGCAGCCCGAAACUGGAACUGCCACUGCCACUGGCGUCCCUGGUACUGUCUCCAUACAACCUAUCCCGACAAGUACCCCUGGACCUGUGGAGAUUCGUCCAAAUCAGGCAGGACAUGGUGUUGUGGUGAACAUGGUUGUAUUAUAUGGUAUCCCUCUUGCUGCAGCAAUUCUAGUUUGA